UGUCGCGGUUUCUGGGUGGAACAGUUGGAUUUUCUGUGUUGGACGCAAUGCGGCGCUGGAGGACUCGGAAACUGUGGCUGAUUCUCUCCCGCUGCUGUCUGAUGCUACACUGUCCUUGGUCUGCUCACCGAAAACAGCCUACACAGCCCUUGUUUGGUUUAUUCAAUAAACAUGUCCACUACGACCGGCGGCGGAGAGUUCGGAAACCCUCUGCGAAAAUUUAAGCUUGUCUUUUUGGGCGAGCAGAGUGUUGGGAAGACUUCUCUAAUCACCAGGUUUAUGUAUGACAGCUUUGAUAAUACUUACCAGGCAACAAUUGGUAUUGACUUUUUAUCAAAAACCAUGUACCUGGAAGAUCGUACGAUUCGGCUGCAGUUGUGGGACACAGCAGGGCAGGAGCGCUUCCGUAGCCUCAUCCCCAGCUACAUCCGUGACUCAGCAGCCGCUGUGGUGGUGUAUGAUAUAGCAAAUCUUAACUCAUUUCAGCAGACUUCCAAAUGGAUAGAUGAUGUCCGAACAGAGAGAGGAAGUGAUGUCAUUAUCAUGCUGGUUGGCAACAAAACAGACUUGGCUGAUAAAAGACAGAUCACCACGGAAGAGGGCGAGCAGAGGGCUAAGGAACUGAAUGUCAUGUUCAUUGAAACCAGUGCAAAAACUGGCUACAAUGUCAAACAGCUGUUUAGACGUGUUGCUGCAGCCUUGCCUGGGAUGGAUAGUGCGCCAGAGAAAAGCAAAGAGGACAUGAUUGACAUUAAACUGGAGAAGUCUCCUGAACUGCCGGUGACUGAAAGCAGCUGCUCUUGCUAGUACCCACCCCGGAUCCACACCAUCUCGGCCUCCUCCCCACCAACAGCUUGUCUCUCGGUGGCCCUGUGCCAUUAGUCAGAGCUUUUUUUUUCCUCUUGACUCAGUGACUUUUCGGAGUAACCGUGUGGAUGUGCUAUUACUCUGUAAUUAAACAGAUUAUUAAAAUAAGUAUAUAUAUAAAUGUUAAAGGGAAAAAGUCAAGACAUCACAGUAUAAGUAAAACCCUCAUAAGAUUUUCAUCUGUUUUAACUGCAUGGCAUUAUAUAUAAUUGCAGAGUGAUGUGGCUCAUCUGCUCUUGCAGUUUUUUUUGGGCAUUAGUGUUACAUCUCACGUGUUGGAUCAAUGUCCUCAUGUCAUUUUUAUUUCAGUAAACAAAAUAACAGGGGGGGCUAAAAAGCAGUGUGUGAUAUUUUUCAUUUGCAGUUUUUUCCCCUUCUCAUUAGCAGCUAUUUUAUAAGGAGGUAGUCUGUAAGGAGCCGGUUCUGAUCCAAACAUUAUAGUACAGACCUUUCAUAACUUUAGGUCAAUUUAAGGUUGAAUGUCAUGUCAAUAUUUAAAGAAAAAGUCAUUUGGACAACUGUUAGAGAUCAGUAUACAGUCUUUCUUUCAGGGUAUCUGUGUAUGGCCAAAGAAAACUUGAUAAAAGUAGGAAAAUAUAGACGAGUCUUCAUUCUAGUCAGGAUCUUUUACUCGUUUGCAUCUUUUUACACAUCUCUGUAGGAAACUGCAUGCACAUACCUGUAGUAUCUAACUGAGACAAGUGGAUGUAUAUUCUCAAAAAACGUUUUCUAGAUACUAGAUGUCAUUAUAACAUGCAGUCUGUGUUAUGUAACCUAUCUGUAAAUUUAUAAGACCUAACCCUAAAGUAAAAGGACGUAUGUACUAAUACUGCAUAAAUACCUAGGUAAACACAAGGUUUCUUGAGGUAAAGGAAAGAAGUCGUUCACACUAGAUGGUGUUCUGAAUUUUUGCAGCUGAAUCUGCUCUCUGCUCUGUACUCACUGCCACUUGUUUUGCUUGUGUUGGUUACACUAUUGUAGAACCAGCAUGCUCUGUAAGGGUGGUUGUAACAUAAAGUGCCGUGCUUGUUUUGCUCAGUCGGGUCAGAGUGCACCAAAUCACAGCAUUUUGGUUUCGAGAGGCCUGCUGAUUUGCAUAGAGCCGCAGAGGCUUAGUAAGCAGAAUAUCCGGAUUUUUUUUGUACGCAGUCAACGCUUAGUGUAGAAAAAUGUUUUGAGGAGUUGUUUCACGAGCAUGUGUUGCUAAUGCUCGUUUUAUAACUGUUGGUUUUACGUGUUAAUUUAUUUCGCACUCAAAAAGAAACAAUGUGUUGUAUGCUUGACCUGAAAGUUCAUUAAAACUUGAGGAAACAAUCAGUUGUUUUUAUGGCUUGCUCUGCUUUGGCUACUGUAUCACAGAGACCUGGUUGUGUAAGUUUUUCAUCACUAUGGUAAAUUUUCCCUAUCAAUUGUAUGCUGUGUAUGUAUUUGUAAGAAUAUAGCUUGACUGGAUCUAUAGUUGCGUGUGCACAAACACUCAGCUGUACAUUUUGACACCAUGGUGCACAGCAAGCUUGUUUUGAUGUUAGCAUUUGACAUUACACAGAUAUGUAUUUAAUUACACGAAACGAAUCUCUUGAACAGCUCUACACAUGCCGUAACUGAUUGAAUACUCUGCAGUGUGCUAUUCUAAAAUGUAUUAGUUGAAAUAUGCUGUCUAGUGUUAGCAAAAUUUGUGUGAAAAAUCUGCUGUUAAAAAAAGGUUGAAAAACUGAGGUGUAUCACAUUAAAUAAAGAUAUU